AUGCUGCUUUCAACUCGUAUCAUGUCUUUCUCUCCUCCCCGCGACGAAGGGACGACGGCCGAGACCCUCACCGACGACCUCCUGCUCGAAAUCAUUUCGCGGGUUCCCGCCAGGCAUCGCUGGCGCUGCAAGUGCGUGUGCAAAAACUGGCUGGGCCUCGCCCGCAAACUCCCCCAGUCCCUGGCCGGCUUCUUCUGCACCCGCACCAGCAAGAAGCGCUUCCAGGAGUCCGCUAUCCAAUUCUUCAAGGUCUCGGGGACCCGAGGCUCCCCCUCCUUGGACUUCCUGCCCCAGCUGCCAAUCCAUCUCCUCGAUUGCUGCAACGGUCUCCUCCUCUGCCGCUGCUAUGGCGCCCCCGCCAAGGCCGACGUUGGGUUUCAGUAUGUCGUCUGCAACCCUGCCACGGAAGAGUGGAUCGCGCUGCCGGACGAUCCCGGCCACACCCAUGCUGAUGAUGACGUUGGGGCCAUGGUGCGUCUGGGUUUCAAUCCGGCCGUGUCUUCCCACUUCCAUGUGUUUGUGUUGCUGACGGACGACAGCAUCAUUUCCGGAGUGGAUGUGUAUUCUUCAGAGACUGGGAGAUGGGUUCAUAAGGAGAAGGGGUGGAACGGAGAUGUUGCCCUCGCUAAUCCUCACAAGGCAACUGUCUUCCUCAACGGUUGUCUGCAUUUUCAGACUUUCACAGGUCUUGGCUGGGAUUUGGUGCCUUGUGUAGCUGCGGUGGACACCGACGGGGAGACAUGGGCCAACUUUGCUGCUCCUAAUCCUAGUGAUAUAGAUGAUGGCUUUAUUCAGCACUCGCAGGGCCGCCUGCAUUAUGCCAGUUUUACUGAUGAAAUCAAAGAUGACAGGCUAGUAGUUUAUGUUCUCGAGGACUAUGGCAGUAAAGAAUGGGUGUUGAAGCAUACAGUUAAAAUUUCGGACAUGUUUGGUAGCGAGAGGUGUGUCAAUGACUAUAACGUGGCCUUUGAUUGGAUUGCUAUUCAUCCAGAAUGUAACGUCAUCUUCUUCACCGUGGGGUUCGAUACACCAUUCAUGUGUUACAAUAUGGAUAGUGAGCGAACCAGAAUGCUCUGCACUCUUGAAAAUGUCUACUCAUCUUAUCUGCCAUAUGUGCCGAUGUACUCGGAGUUGCAAUCUUUGCACAUGUGA